AUGGCGGCAGUCGGUGUGACUGUGCCGCUACAUGGAUCCUGUGCUCCAAGUCUUCAGGCGAGGAAGGAGAAGGCAUCAUUUGGCACCAAGACGCUGAGACGAAAUAGCCAUGGCCAGAAGCAAUCUGCCAUGCAUGGAGUGAAUGCCAUUGCCUGCAGUGCGUUGGGCAUGGUUUGCUGGGUGCUCAAUCUUCCGGUCAAGCAACAACUUUCAGAAGUGAACCUGUCUGGCACGACGAUCGUCGCUUCAGUAGAGGAGGCCAAGAAGGUCAUGGCAAAGCUCCUGAGCCUCGAAGGUCGUUUCCACGCCAUUGAUACAGAGGUACGGGGCUGGGAACCAACGCUCAGCCCAUACUUGCAUGGUGAGGUCAUUUGUUGGUCUAUCUAUUGCGGGGAUGAUGUGGACUUUGGCAAUGGACCGCGGAUCUUCAUUGACAACAUGGAUGAGGAUGGCAAGCUGCGAGGCUUGGUGGAAUACUUCAAGCCGUAUUUGGAGAAUCCUGACGUUCCAAAAGUUUUUCAGAACUACUCCUUUGAUCGCGCGAUGCUUCUGAAGCACAACUGCGACGUGGCAGGAUUUGCUGGAGACACUAUGGAUAUGGCACACCUGGACAACUCCGAAGCUGCGGGGGGAUACAGUUUGGAGGCGCUGGGAAAGCGAUACCUGGGGAACUGCUGGGGCAAGCGAAGCCUUCAACAGUUCAUGAAGGAGGAAAGAGUCAAAGGCGUCGCCGAACUUCAUUUGCACAAGGACCCACAGGUUCGCAGCCAAUGGAUCGACUACUCCACCUUUGACACCCUGGUCACCUGGAAAGUCCAUGAGGCCGAGCUUCGACGCCGACUGCUUUCAUCAAAGAUCAGACAGAUUCCAUCAGCUGGGGUCAAUGAAGGUGAUGCAAAGUUCAAGACCGGGAAGACCGGGAAGACCGGGAAAACCGGGAAUCUGCUGAAUUUCUACGAUGAAUUCUGGUGCCCCUAUGCGGAAGUUCUGUCCCGCAUCGAGGAACGAGGUGUGCGGAUUGACAGGAACCUCUUGAGCGAGAAGCUCAAGGACGCCGAGGCUGAGUUCAGCCAGGCUCGAGAGGCUUUCCUCCAGUACGUUUUUCAGGUCUGGGAGAGGCUCUAUCCCGAACACGAGGAUCUUCACGAGACCCGAGAGAGCUUCAACCCCAACAGCGUGGUGCAAAUGAAGCACUUGCUAUACGGCAGAGGUGUGCAGGAGAUCGCUGGCCAAGCUGUGGGUGGCCUGGGACUCCCUCCUGUGAAAGUUGGACAGGUGGAAGAAAGCACAGGCAAUGAAGCCAUCUUAAAGCUUGCGGGAAAGAAUCCAACAGCUGGAAAGUCCGGCUGUGGAGAAGCUUUCAAGCAUAUCGGGCAGGAAGGCUGUUUGGGCUUGAGCUACCGCAACGAGGAGUCCAAGAUUGGUAAGGCCAUCUCAUUCUUGACAAAGCUGGCCGAUGAUAGAAUCGCUGACAAGGACAGCCGAGUGCACACAUCUUUGCGCUUGACCACUCGAACGGGGAGACUCACAUCUCAAAACCCGAAUUUACAACAGUUGCCAGCUGUGGAAAAGGAUCACUACCAGAUCCGCAGCGCGGUGAUUCCAGCACCUGGAAAAAGCUUUAUCAUAGCCGAUUAUGGACAAUUGGAUUUACGAGUUCUGGCUCACACCGCUGGAUGUCCAGAUCUGAUCAGAGCUUUGUCGUCAGGUAUUGACUUGCACUCCCACACCGCAGUGCAGAUGUACCCUCACCUUCAAGAGGCUAUCGAUGCUGGGAAGAUCUCCCUGGAGGGAGGCGAUGAGCGGCCAAGCUUGAAGGACCUCUAUCCUGGCGAGCGGCGGGCUGCCAAGGCCGUGAACUUUGGCAUCGCCUAUGGCCUCACAGGGCAAGGCCUUGCAAAACAGUUGAACUGUAGCCAAGACGAGGCCAAUGUCAUGAUUGAGAAGUGGCACGACGCGUAUCCGCAGGUCGAAAAUUGGCAAAGCAAAAAUGUCACAACAGCUGAGAUGGGAGAUCUUACAGUUCGCACUUAUCGCGGAAGACCCAGGCACUUGUUUGAUUUGUCCAAGAAGCCCAUAUGUGAAGCAACGCCGGUUGCAUGGUCGAGGACUAAAGGAAAGCGAAAGGCAUCGAAGCCAAGGCCUGAGAGGACUGAAGAGGAAAAGAAAAGGUUCCGCGAGUACUUUGCCGCAAAGCGACAGGCAAAUAACUCGCCGGUGCAGGGCGGAUCAGCAGAUCUGGUGGCAGAGGCCAUGGUCAAGGCCGAAACGGAUCCGGAACUGAAGGAGCUGGGGUAUGUCAUGGUGCUGCAGGUCCAUGACGAGCUUAUCUUUGAAGGGCCUGAGGAAAACGUGCAGAAAGCGAAGAGUGCAGUGAAGCGCGUCAUGGAGGAUCCUUUCCUGGACGACUACAAGUUCUCUGUGCCGCUGCUUGCCGAUGUCAAGGUGGCCGAGUCCUGGCACGAGGCCAAACACGCCUAAAGGCAGACCUAAAGAUUUUACACCGUGGAGUUCUGAGUCGUGCUUAAGCGUAGAAAUUUGACUCCGUAGACACGUUGACAAGUGAAGGCCUCGC